GUGAGCUGCAGAAUAUUGGCGUGACAGUAGGGAAAGCUAACACUGCUCGGCAAGGAUAUUAUAUAAAACAUAGAUUUGUACAGGCUACCGUAUUACGCUAUUUAACUGUUUUGUGGGAUUCAAGUCAUUUCUUCAGCAGCAGAUUUUGUGAAGGACAGCAGAGGAAAAUGGAAACUGCAACGAGACAACUUCAGAACUCAGAGAACAUUGAGGACAAUAAUAUUAGUGUCAGUCCACGGCCAUGUCAAGAGCUGAAAACAAAAUGCGAACGUCAUGAGGAAAUAGAAGGUCUUCUACAAGAAAAAGAAAAACAGAUUAAUGAUCUCCGUGAACAACUGCGUGACAAGACAAAAGCACUGCAAGAGACAACUGAAAAGACGAUUUGCUUACAAUAUCAAUUGGAGGAAAAGGACAGUGAAAUUGCACGUUUGAAACAGCAGCUGGUCCAACAUCCAGGACAAAUUCAGAAACAUGCUCCGAGUAUGAAGAAUGAAAGUGAAUGCAAGUCAGGGGAUAAUAAGAGAUGGAAAAUGGGGAUCUCUAAAUUCAGGGGAGUCAAAUUGUUCCCAAUUUUGGCUGGAAAAACACACAACUCACACAAGGGGUUUAUUGACACUCUGAAAAACCAAAUUCAAGAUCUGGAGAUCGGUCAUAAAGUGGAUGAGAGUGAAAUUGUUUUGGUUUUCUGUCCUAUUGUUUCUCGAGCUGGAACUGAUAUUGAGGCAGCAAUGAAAAAAAUAAAUAUCUCUACAGCCUCUAAGAUGGUGGUUCUAGUGGUGCUACAUCACACAUUUGAGCCAGAGAAAACUGUACCAGACAGCAGCAGAUGUGUCAACAGGACAGAUAUACUGACAGUGGACUGUCUGUUCUAUGAAGACACAGGAUUACUAAAGUGUCAGAAAAAUGAUGAGGCAAUCGACAAAGUUGUGAAGUGGUUAAUACAGCAGGGGGAGAAGAAAUGUAUCAAAGUAUGUCCACGCCGCGGCAAUGCAGAUUAA